UCGAGAUAAUGACUUUGUACCAUGGUUAGAGAGUGAAAGUGAAAUAUCCAAUCCGGAGAUUCGACGGCGGAAGACACCAAUUUCCCUCCCCUUCAUCGGCGAUUACAUAAAUGGUUCUCUGAUUCUCUCCGGCGACCAUCUCUCCGCGCUUCUCCAGUUUCAGAAGCGCGACAGAGAGAUUUCGCAUUAUUUCUCGGCAUUUUUCUCCGAGUUAAUUUCAUCCAACGAACUCAUUUUUCUUAGUUGUAUUUGUUUGCAGCUUGAAGGCCCCAUCUUCCACCAAAUCAUAGUCCACCAGGACAUAAGGAUGGCUGGGGACGAUUUUGGUGUUGAAGUUGAUAACAUUGACUGGGACACUGAAGAUGAGCUAGAAAUUGAGAAUAUACCUUUAGCCUCUCAUGCGAGCUUGGCGUUUCCUGGUGUCGAGGAAAAUAUGGGAAGCUCAUCUGCAGGUCCUUCGAACUCGAAGAUAGUUGAUCAAUUUAUUGGAAUGGGAUUUUCUGCAAAAAUGGUUUCUAAAGCUAUCGAGGAAAACGGAGAGGAAAAUACGAAUUCUAUACUUGAGACUCUCCUCACGAUGUCGGCUCUUGAAAAUUCUCCUCCGAAGCAGCAGCAUGUCGAUAGUGACGACUCGUUUUCAGAUUACGGUGGAAGUUUUCUGGAUGAUUUUACUGAUACAGACAGUGAUUCUGAAAAUGAGGGGACUGCAAAACCAGUAUCCGAUGUUGAUAACAAAAGGAUGUUCUUGGUGGACAUGGGAUACUCUGAAGAUGAAGCUUAUGCAGCAAUAGAGAGAUGUGGUGUGCAUUCCUCAAUUGCAGAGCUGACAGAUUUUAUAUCUGCUGCUCAAAUUUCAAAGGCUGCAGAUGUUCUUCUUGGUGAUCUCCCUGAUAGGCCAAAGCCGACGAAUCUCAAUGCCUGCAGUAAGCUCAAAAAGAGAAGGCAUUGUGAUUACGAGCCAUGGAAAAAGAAGAAGCCGAGGUGCCUUGAUGACGACGACGACGAGACAAUUCGUUUGCCAAACCCAAUGGUUGGGUUCGGGGUUCCGAAUGAACUGUCUCCUACAGUUCACAGAAAAAUUCCAGAAGCAGCCAUGGGACCUCCCUACUUUUACUACGAAAAUGUGGCGCUCGCUCCCAAAGGAGUAUGGAAUACAAUUUCCCGCUUCUUAUACGACGUUGAACCCGAAUUUGUUGAUUCCAAAUAUUUCUGUGCUGCUGCAAGAAAAAGAGGCUAUGUUCAUAAUCUCCCAAUACAUAACAGAUUUCCUCUUCUUCCUUUGCCUCCCCACACUGUUCAUGAAGCAUUUCCUUUAACAAGGAAAUGGUGGCCUUCAUGGGAUUUUAGAACACAGUUAAAUUGUUUACAAACUUGCAUUGGAAGUGCUCGAUUGACCGAUAGGAUUCGUAAAGCUCUUGAAGAUUACGAUGGCGAACGGGAUCUGCCAUUACAUGUGCAAAAGUUUGUCGUAGAACAAUGUCGAAAAUGGAAUUUGGUUUGGGUCGGAAAAAAUAAGGUUGCCCCACUCGAACCCGAUGAAGUAGAAAUGCUUUUGGGAUUCCCCAAGAACCAUACUAGAGGGGGUGGAAUCAGUAGAACAGAUAGAUACAAGUCUCUUGGCAAUUCAUUCCAGGUCGACACCGUGGCGUAUCAUCUUUCGGUUUUGAAGGACAUGUUCCCAGGAGGAAUCAAUCUCCUCUCGCUCUUUUCUGGUAUCGGAGGUGCAGAAGUGGCACUUCAUCGCCUCGGUAUCCCGCUAAAAAAUGUAGUCUCGGUCGAUAUCUCAGAAGUGAACCGAAACAUUGUGCGAAGUUGGUGGGAGCAAACGAACCAAAAAGGUACUUUGAUUGAUCUUGCUGAUGUGCAAGAGCUAGAUGCAGAUAGGUUACAAUACUAUAUGAACUUAUUUGGAGGUUUCGAUCUCGUAGUCGGAGGGAGCCCUUGUAAUAACCUUACGGGUAGCAAUAGGUACACUCGAGACGGACUCGAGGGCAAAGAAUCCAUCUUGUUUUAUGACUACUUUAGAAUCUUAGAUUUGGUCAAGUGUAUAGCCACCAAAACUGAAUGA